CAACUGGAAGACCCCUCAUGCUCAGAGGAAAGUGUGGCUGUGGCGCCUCCGACCUCCUGGGCUCCUUGGGAAUGAAGGUCACUGCCGUUCUCGUCAUCGUCAUCUGCCUGAUGGCCCCCACUCACGGCAGCUUCUGGCAGUUUCAGAGGAUGGUCAAACACGUCACGGGGCGGAGCGCCUUCUUCUCAUAUUACGGCUAUGGCUGCUACUGUGGGCUUGGGGGCAAAGGUGUCCCUGUGGAUGACACUGACCGGUGCUGCCGGGCCCACGACUGCUGCUAUGAGAAGCUGAAGGAGGCGGGCUGCCAGCCCGUGCUGAACGGCUACCAGUUCCACAUCGUCAACGGGACGGUGGUCUGCAGAUGUGCCCUUGGUGCUGGUGUCGGCUGCCUCUGCGGACUGAAGGCCUGCGAGUGUGACAAGCAGUCUGUGCACUGCUUCAAAGAGAGCCUGCCCACCUACGAGAGGAACUUCAAGCAGUCCUCCGGCCGGCCCCGCUGCGGCCGGCAUAAACCCCGCUGCUAGGGAGGCCGCGGAGGCUC